UCAAUUUUCACCCUUAAACUAAACACACAUCUAAUCACACAAGCAGAGCAACAGAUAUAUCAACUCCUUUGGCUUUGAGUAUAUUAUCCAUAGAUUUCUUCCACUUAAACACAGCAAAAAUAUCAUCCCGUUUAUACCUACAAAUCUCUGCACAUCUCCAUUUUGUCUGUAAUUAUUAAUCAAUCUCCUUCCCCACCGCCAUUUCCACACUUCAAAGCUUCGGUCUCAGCACCAACUGCUCUUUCUUUUUCCAAUUUUCAGGUGCGGGGAUAAAUUAUCUUCUCCGCUGUCUACGUGAAUAACGAGGCAAGUUCUCGUAUUUACAUUCUGUACGUUCGAAUUUGAUGGAGGGCAGCGGCUGUGAUUGCUUUAUUUAUUUUUCAAACUUCAGUUCGCUGUUUAUUCUUGCUGUGGUUUCAUUUUUAUUGCAUAAUGGGGGCUGAAAAUUACUGGGGGUUUGGAAUUUGAAUUGGGUGGGGUGAUUGGGGAUUAGGACUUUCUUUGACCAGCAUUUAUUGAUUAUUAUUGGUUGGCUGUAUUUUUUCUUGAAUAUAGAAUUGAGUGUUCAUAUUAUUGUGUUUGGGACUUUAAAUUGUUGUGGUGGGCUUGGAUUUUGGUUUUGAGCUGUGCAGUUUGAUUAAUGUGUAGUCUUUUUAGUAAGACAAUCAUGCUUCCCAGCGUUUUGUUAAAUAUUGUAAGAGUUUUUUGGUUCUGGACAGAUGUAAUGAAACAAGACGGAGAUUUUGGAAAUGGGGACUAUUGAUAAUAUGAAUUGGGGAAUUGGAUGUAUCAUAAUAUGAGCUUCACCGUAACUGCAUGCUUUAGCUUCUGGAACUCGGAAGUAUUUAUUUUUAAUCUGAUUGGUGGUCUCAGGACUUAGGAUCAUGGUAUAUGUCUGUGCAGUAAAUCGAGAAUAAGUAUUUCACGUUCGUACUAUGGAUGCUAAAAUUACCAACUUUAAAGUACUACGUGGGAGAUCACAUUAUUUGAGAUACCCACUUAUCAUAAAUUUAUAACAUAGUGGAUAUUUCACUUUGGAUAUGUUUAAUUAACUUAUAGGUCGAGUUUGCAUGAGUCAAUAGCUAUUUCAAUCCUGAAUAUUAGGUCAGGUUAAGACAAUAUUUUGGACGUCAGACAAUGCAUUCUUUGUCAGCAAAAUCUCUGGUUAGGCUUCCAAAAUCGGUACAGGAGAGCAUAUUAUCAUUCUCUGUGGUUGAGUUUUGAAUGAAAUGACAGAAGCUGAUAGUGAAAUUAUAAAACCAGAGAUGCUAAAGGCAUAUGUGUGGCUUCAAACUUCUGAUGGUUCGAUACAGCAAGUAGAGCAAGAAGUUGCCAUGUAUUGCCCAUUUAUAUCUCAAGAAAUACUUGCUGGCAUGGGGUCUUCCAAGAAUUAUCCCAUCUCUCUUCCUUCACGUGUCAAUCCUUCCAUGCUGAGCUUGAUACUUGAUUACUGCCGAUUCCAUCAAGUGCCAGGACGUUCCAACAAGGAGAGGAAGUCAUUCGAUGAGAAGUUUGUUCGAAUGGAUACUAAAAGGCUUUGUGAACUCACAUCUGCUGCUGACAGCCUACAGCUCAAGUCACUGGUUGAUCUCACUAGUCGGGCUCUUGCACGGGUAAUUGAAGGGAAGACUCCAGAAGAGAUCCGAGAGAUAUUUCAUCUCCCUGAUGAUCUUACAGAGGAGGAAAAGUUGGAACCUAUCAAAAACACCAUGGAUGAUCCGAGGAUUCGGCUAUUGAAUAGAUUGUAUGCUAGGAAGAGGAAAGAAUUAAAGGAAAGAGAGAGAUUGAAGAAUGUUGAGAUUGAAGAGGAACGUGGGGAUGAGCGUUCAGUCGAUGACUUGUUAUCAUUUAUUAAUGGAGGUGGUGAAGAUUCUAAGGGGACCAGAACUUCUAAGAAUAAAAAGAAGAGCCGUAAAAGGAAAGAUCUCAAGAAUGCUUCUUCAAAGUGCACGAGUACUUCAAACAAUACCUCUUCUUUAAGCAAUGAUGUAGAUGUGAACAAGAAGGAAACAAAUGAGCUUCAUUCCGAGUCUGGUAAUCCUUCAUUACAUAACAAGCUUCUUAAUGAUGUUUGUAAUGCAACUAAGUUGCUCGACAUUGAAAAUGAUGGAUUAGCAGCUGAAGAUGAGUUUGAUGGGAUUGAUCCUGUAUUAAAAGAAAAACUUGAUAGGGAAGUAGAAGACUUUGCGAGAAGGUUAAAUUCAGAUUGGCCAGAAAUAAUGCAAGAUAUUCUUUCUCGGAGUCAGGAGAGAAGACCAUUACCAUUAUCAGUUAAUAAAAAUGGUUCCUUGAGGAGAUAUACAACAGGAAUCUGUGGCAAUAACAUCUUGCACGUCAAGCAAAAUAUGGCCGCUUAUAUGAUUUGUAUCUCUUGUUCUUCCCUUUUCUCUUGUCAUUUGCUCUACUGAAAAUUACAUGAGCUUCAUAUGUAGAAACAUCACCUUGAACUCUGCUUGGUGCAAGAAUGCAUGAUUGAAAAGAACCUCACGUUUGUUUCAUUCCCUUCCCCAGGUUCAGAUCAGCCCCACAAAUGAUACCCCGGAAACACCUUUGAACUUCAAAGUGGACACAACUGGCCAGAUAAGAGAAAAUGGUCGGCACGCGACAGACACAGGUUGGUUGUGGCGUUCGAGCUUUGGCAUCAGAAUGGGAUUGACAUUCAAGUUCAUUGGGAAAUUUUUUGACAUCGUUCGAGAUUCAAUUUUGACAUUUGAGUUGACGUUGACAGCAAACAAUAAGGGAAAGGACGCGCUUUCAAGAUGCCGAUACCAGCCAAUUUUGAUUCUCACCAUCUUAUUUCUUAAGCUUCUUCCCUUUUCUUCCCUUUCUAGCUGACCUACAUACUGACUGUUGGUUGUCAUAAUUUUAUCUCUUGUUGUACAAAUCAUUUUGGAUUAGAGAUCAUAAUGCUGGAAGUCAUCAGUCAACUGAGUUGAAGUGUUGUAAAUAUCAACAGGGUUGAUGGUUUCUUUAAUUAUUGAAAGUUAAAUCCCUUUUGGAUUCA